AUGACGACGCGACGGACGAGGCGCGCGAACGACGCGCGCGAGGCGACGACGAGCGAGAGCGAGAGCGAGAGCGAGAGCGACGAGAGCGACGAGAGCGACGACGACGCGAGCGCGACGUCCGAGCUCGAACUCGCGGUGGAUGAACUCGGACGAAUCGCGUGCGAAGUGAACCGAUACCUGACGUACGAGACGACGAGCGCGACGACGUUCGCGGGGCGAGACGCGCUCGACGACGACGACGCGAGGCGGUUGACGAAGGAUUGCGAGGCGGCGCACACGGCGAAAAAUGCGAGAGGGAAGAGAAGGACGAGCGGGACGUCGAGUGGGAGGACGUUUUGGGUGAACGCCGAGAGCGAACCGAGGUGCGCGCUCGAGUAUUUAGCGCGAGAGACGUUUCGAAGGGCGACGCGCGAAGCCGCGGCGCGCGCGGAACGAGACGCCGGCGCGCGCGACGAAGACGAGAGAGCGAGGUAUGAUCCCUCGAAAUCGGGCGCCGAGUGGUGGACGCAAGUCAUCGAUGAGGGUGAUGAGAUCGGGUGGCACUGGGACAAAGACUACGCCCUCGAGGGCGCGGGCGUCAACGCGCAUCCGCAACUCGGCACGGUGACGUACUUUUGCGACGGAGGGACGCCGACGGUGGUCGUGAACCGUCCGACGAAGGUGAAUUGUGAUUACGAAAACGGCGACGUCGGGGUGUGCGGUGAUAUCACCGAGUGCGUCGUUUCGUGGCCAAAGUGGGGGAAGCAAAUCACAUUUGACGGACGGUUCUUGCACGGCGCCCCGAGUGAGUUCGCGCGCGGUACGCCGCAGUCGUCUAAGCGCGUGACGUUCCUCGUGAACGUUUGGUUGAAUCAUAAACCCAUCACAGCUCAGCCUUUAAGCCAGGACGAGUUGGCGACGAUGCAGCUCCGAGACGUCGAGCGAGCGCGGAGUUGGGUCGUAACCACCGGGACGCCGCCGAGCGCCGCCGUCGUGGGCAAGCGCGAGCUUCGUGAACGUUCUCGACGCACGUUUGAUUUCAAAUUCAAAUACUCAGGCGCGAAGAGACACUUAGAACUGACAUUACCAUUAGACUUCAGCAAAAAUUCCGACGACUCGAGUUCGUCAGAGGUAUGCGCGGGCGACGAGAGCACACGGGCAGUCUUCUCGCGUGCGGCGCUCGGCGAGCUUCGCUGA